AUGAAGAUGUUAGAUGCUUGGGAUAUCUUAUUGUCAAAGUUAGAAGAUUUUUCAGUUCGUGGUAUAAAGUUUUAUACACCUUCUCCAAACUUCUAUUCUAUCUUCACUGGAUAUAAAUAUGAACAAGUAGAAUGGAAAGAAAAUAUUAUAGAAGCUUGGUUAGACCAUGUCAAAGAAAUUAUAUGCAAUGGAAACGAAAAGGUUUAUGAGUAUAUCUUAUGUUGGUUUGCAAAUAUCUUACAACAUCCAAGUGCUAAAAAUGAAACUGCUCUCAUUAUAAUUGGAAAACAAGGAACUGGUAAGAACACAUUCUUUACAGAUAUCUUAUGCAAACUGUUAGAAGGUUAUUCGAACCCUAAUAUGACAAACUUAGAAAACAUCUAA